UUCGGAUUAUUCCAACGGAAGAAUACCAGGCGCAGGGAACUUUGAGACUCGGACGAUGGCGGUUAACUGGCCAGGACUGCUGUCCUUAUGCGUGUUUUACAUGAUGAUACUGGCCAUGGGUAUCUGGGCAUCCAGGAAGUCCAAACGCGAGGAGAAGAAAUGCACUGGCAACCGCAGUGAAGUUACAAUGGUUGGGGGGCGGAACCUAAACAUCUGGGUCAGCAUAUGCACCAUGACAGCCACUUGGGUGGGAGGAGGCUAUAUAUUGGGUAAUGCUGAAGUGGUCUAUGAUCCAACAAAGGGGUUGGUGUGGGCCACUGGACCCCUCGCCUUUUUCAUGAACUUAGUUUUAGGUGCACUCUUCUUUGUCAAACCCAUUCGGUCAAAGAAUUAUGUCACCCUGAUGGACCCAUUUCAGGAGAAAUACGGCGACAAAGUAGCGGCUGUUCUCUUCAUUCCCGCUCUCCUCGGCGAUAUCUUGUGGGUAGCAUGUAUCCUUGGUGCGUUGGGAGGGACGAUAAGCGUGGUCAUGGAUAUCUCCUCCGCGCUCGCCGUGUGCGUCUCCGCCGCUGUGGCUAUCGUCUACACGUUAAUGGGAGGACUCUACGCUGUGGCCUACACUGACGUCGUCCAGCUUAGCUUGAUGCUAGUUGGAUUGUGGCUCUGCGUGCCUUUCAUAUUGGCGAACCCCUCCUCUGCCAACAUCACGGUAGCUGCAGUGACCAAGCUGCACCAGGAGCCGUGGCUCGGCAGCCUGGAGCUGGAAGAAGCAGGUCGCUGGGUAGAUGACCUACUGCUUUUGGCAAUCGGUGGGAUCUGCUACCAGGCUUUCUACCAGAGAGUCCUGUCCACUGCCACUGAUGCGCAAUCAAAACUCACCUGCUAUGUUGCAGCAGUUCUAUGCCCAAUUCUUGCCAUCCCGUCACUCAUCAUUGGGGCAGCAGCUGCAUCUACAAAUUGGAACGAGACCAGCUACGGCUCCCCCGGCCCGUACCAACAAGGCAAAGCCGGCAUGAUCUUGCCAAUCGCCCUUCAGCAUCUUUGCCCAUUUUACGUCUCGCUGAUCGGCAUGAGCGCUGCUGCGUCUGUGAUGUCAUCGGUUGACUCUGCCUCUGUCUGUCGCUCCACUGGCGAAUAUCUCAGAUGUCAUCUACAAAGGGGCCUCGGAGAAACUGAUCCUUGCCGUGGUCAAAGGGUCAAUCUUCCUUUGUGGAACAAUAGGAGCAGGUCUGGCCAUGACAACAAAGUCCGUUUACCUGCUCUGGAUCGUCAGUGCGGACGUCCUUUAUUCAAUGCUGGCUCCCCAGGUGAUCUGCAUCUUCUACUUGUCCCGGCGGGUGAACCACUACGGCGCCUGUGCCGGCUUUGUGUUGUCCCUCCUGCUGCGGGCUCUGGUGGGGGAACCGCUGAUAGGCCUUCCCGACAUCCUGCCCCUGCCGUGGGACAAGACGGUGGACGGGCACCGGUACCGCCUGCUCCCCUUUCCGGGCUGCUGGCGAGAGCAAGUGACGCAGAAGCCGACACGGCCAUGAAGUACACGGCGCCGGUCGGAACGCACGAGGAGGAGGCCGAGAGAAAAUCCUCACUGACCGUGAGGACAUGA